GUUCAAAGGAAUUUGAAACCCUCUUGCACAAUCCUGAAUGAAUCAGAUCUACAGAUUCAGACAGCACUGGAUCCAUACCAUAGCCGGACUGUUCUAUUUCACGGCAAAAAAGGCUUUCUGAAAAAUUUUCAGAGCUGAUCUCAUGAAAAGGAGUACAAAAGUACCAGUCAAAUCAACUGAUGCUUCUGCACACUAAACUUCAAUCCAAACCGACUCAACAUCAGAAUCCCAUCAGAUUUUAAAAUGCGCCUUUGUACACAAAAGAAGGUUUACUUCGUGGUUCUGCUGAGCUUCAUCGGCAUAUUUACUGUGACUAUACAUAAAGAACCUUAUGAAAAAAUAAUUUAUUUUGUCAACAAUACCAUGGCAGAGCAGUUCUUUCAUGAAGAACCUUGUGCAUGUAUGGAACGAUGUUUGACGGCAAGCAACGAUGAGUGGUUUAUGGAAGUCUUCAGAGGAGACAUUCCACCUCUUCUCUCUCUCGAAAACAGCGAGCUGUCUGAUGACAUCUUUAAGUGGUGGCAGCUUCUACAGUCUAAGAGCCAGGCUAAUUACUCUCAAGUGAUCGAGGAGCUGUUUGCUGUCAUUCCUGGAGAAGGGCAUUACAGAGACAGCGGCCCACAUCGCUGUCGAACCUGUGCUGUGGUGGGGAACUCUGGCAACCUUUUAGGAUCACACUAUGGUCCUCUUAUAGACAACAGUGAUUUUGUAAUAAGAAUGAAUAAGGCACCAGUCGAAGGCUUUGAGAAUGACGUGGGAUUCAGGACGACCCACCGGAUCAUGUACCCAGAAAGUGCCGUCCAUCUAGACAACUCCACCCAUCUGGUGCUGUUUCCCUUCAAAAUACUGGAUAUCCAGUGGAUCACCAGUGCUCUAACCACUGGAACUAUCAAACGAACACGGUUUAAGGUUAUAGACAAGAUACAAGCCAACAAGGACUAUGUGAUGGUUAUGCACCCUGCUUUCAUGCAUUAUGUGCACACUUCAUGGCUGAAGAGCAAGUCUCCAAAAGCUUAUCCAUCCACGGGUUUCCUUGCACUAAUGUUUGCACUACAUGUCUGUGAUGAGGUCAAUGUGUUCGGUUUUGGUGCAAACAGUAAAGGGAUUUGGCACCACUAUUUUGAAAAGGUUCCCAAGUUUUUCAGACACACUGGAAAACACAGAGGAGGAAUUGCCUCUCAUUAUAGGCCAUUGUUGAGAUAUCACGUUGUUACAAUAAGUGCUUUUGAGAAAGAAAUAAUCACUGGAUUUGCACCAAACAUGCCAGUUGCUGAAGACCAGGUCAGCAGAGACAGUCACAGGAGGAUUGUGUGGAGUAUUGUGUAUUGUGUGGACAUGACGUCUGAUGAAGAAGAUGGAGUUGUCUAUGGGAGGCCAGUGUUGGUUGUAAAACCAUCAACUUUGAGAAGCUCUGUUCCAGGAGCAACAGAAAAUACUUGA